UCCAUUUCCUUGGCUAUACCAUACUUUCAUAUCAAAGAAACAACAAUCAGAACCAAAAGAGAGAGAUGUCUGCUGUGGCAGAGGAAAUCAAAGGCAAAGCAGAUGAAGUAUACCAUGGAGAUGAGAUAUGCCAAGAGAAAUCAAAAGAAUUACUCAAAGAAAUAGGGCUUCCAAAUGGUCUUUUGCCAUUGAAAGACAUAGAAGAAUGUGGGAUUGUAAGAGAAACAGGGUUUGUUUGGUUGAAGCAGAAAAAAAGCACAACCCACAAGUUUGAGAAGAUUGGGAAGCUUGUUUCUUAUGCCACUGAAGUCACAGCCAUUGUAGAGAAAAACAAAAUCAAGAAACUCACUGGGGUUAAGACAAAAGAGCUUCUGCUUUGGGUUUCACUCAGUGAUAUCUAUGUUGAUGAUCCACCCACUGGAAAAAUCACCUUUCAAACACCAGCAGGCUUAUUUAGGACUUUCCCAGUCUCGGCUUUUCAAGUUGAAGAACCAGUAAAGGCAGUGACUGAGAAGAAGGAACAAGGGGUGGGAACUGUUGAAGUCAAGGAGGUCUAGAAGUAAAUCUAUUCUCUAGCUAUGUAUUUUUUCUGAUUUUAAGUUUUAAAACCUUUGUUUUCUGCUUUCUGUUGUCUUUUACUUCUUACAUAGUCAUAGUGGUACCAAGAUGAGAUGAUAAAUUUUAAUUGUUCUCUUUUUCUUUUUUAUU